UUUCAUUGAAUAAGUUAGGUACUUAUUAUUACAGUGCUGUACGUACAUAUGAAUCGACAUUUAUACAUUCUCGAUAAUGGAUGGGAAAAACACAUUUGGCUGGCUUGAAAUUUUCCCCGUAAUUUAGCUCGCUAGUGACCUGGCUAACAAGCUAGCUAACUUCAGCUGGUAGGUCUUUCGCAGUCACAAUGGCUUUGGUAUCUGCAGACACCAAAAUUUCAGAGUUACUUACUGAACUGCACCAGCUCAUCAAACAGACACAGGAGGAGCGUUCUCGCAGUGAACAUAAUCUUCUCAACAUCCAGAAGACUCAUGAAAGAAUGCAGACAGAAAACAAAACCUCUCCCUAUUACAGAACCAAGUUGAGAGGGCUCUACACCACAGCAAAGGCAGAUGCUGAAGCGGAGUGCAGUAUUCUUCGUCAUGCCCUGGAGAAAAUUGCAGACAUCAAAUCUUUAUUGGAAGAGAGGAGAAUUGCAGCAAAAAUGGCAGGGGUGUACAGCGACAGUGAUCCCCCCAGGAAGACCAUGAGGAGGGGAGUGCUGAUGACUCUUCUUCAGCAGUCGGCCAUGACCCUGCCGCUUUGGAUAGGCAAGCCAGGAGAUAGCCCCCCUCCUCUGUGUGGGGCCAUGCCGGCCAGCAGCGACUAUGUAGCCAAGCCGGGAGACAAAGUGGCUGCCAGAGUUAAGGCAGUGGACGGGGACGAACAGUGGAUACUGGCAGAGGUGGUCAGCUAUAGCCACUCCACUAAUAAGUAUGAAGUGGAUGACAUUGACGAAGAAGGCAAAGACAGGAGACAUACACUGAGCAGGAGGAGGAUUAUUCCUCUGCCGCAGUGGAAGGCCAACCCAGAAACGGACCCUGAGGCACUCUUCAGUAAAGACCAGCUGGUGCUGGCCCUCUACCCCCAGACCACCUGUUUCUACAGAGCACUCAUACAUACUCCCCCACACAGGCCCCAGGACGACUACUCCGUAUUGUUUGAAGACACUUCCUAUGCUGACGGAUACUCUCCACCCCUCAACGUGGCCCAGAGAUAUGUGGUGGCCUGCAAGGAGAACAAGAAGAAAUGAAGCAGAAGUGCUGUUCAACGGGGUUAGAGAACAAGAUAUUAGCAUUUGUGAAUCCCUGGUUGAACAAGGUUUUAACAUAAUGCGCCGCGGCUAAUAUCCAACUAUGUAAACUGUCGGACGUUUAUACUGUGGAAAGAACAAGCUUGUCUGCUAAGAAAAUAAAAUCCUGUAAUGUUUGAGAGAAUUAGCGAGAGUGAUAGCUGUUAUUUGCUACGAAGUGACACAGGCUCAUUUGCCGGAGUGAUAAUGGAAAGAUGUCAGGGAGGGCGCAUGUUGAAUUUCAGUCAGCAUGGGCUUGCAUGCGUGUACCAUAUGCGCCCGCUUUAAUCAGUGCUUUUACAGUGAUUAAUCUGUAUUUACAAUGAUGACUUCUUCUCGGUGUCAUGUUUUGAGUUCUUAAACAUUGUCCUGAAAUGUAGUGGAUGUGUAAAUGAAUAUAUGUUUUUAAUAUUA